AACCGAAGCUUGGUCAUGAGUUUAGAUGGCAGCUGGACCAUUCUUCACCCAGACAUCACGCCCGCUAUAUCUCUUCAGUCACCACGCCACCAACAACCCCUCGGUGCAGCCCAGUGUCCGUCCGUUGCUGCUGCUGCUGUGUGGAGGCUAGCGGACCCUCCCUCCCCACUCCACUCCACUCCACUUCCCUCCAUCCCACCGCACUGCGUAGUACAGUACAGCCUGAGGAGAGGAAUUGGCCAGUGGCCCGGCAAACGCCUAUACCACCACCACCACCGCCGCCGUCGUCGUCCAGCGAGAUUCAGCAGUCAUUCAACACCUGCCGCCGCGGUCCCCACUCCCUGCCGCAGCCCCCGUCCCCUCCCCCACCACCAGCAAGGAUUCUGCAUGGCACCUUGACCCUGCACGGCCAUCACCUACUGUUACUGGUACUGCUGGUGGUGUUAGUGGCCAGGGAGGGAAGAGUUGCGGGUUGGCGUGGCAGUCGGUCUUCUCCACUCAUUGUGGGUGGUGUAUGUACUUAGACAGGUGUGGUGGUGUGGUGCCAUUACUCCAUUGUAAUAAAUUGUCUUCACUGCCUCAUUAUGUUGUCACUGUACUAAGAGCUGUUAUCACUUACUGAAUAAUAAAUUGUGAAGAAAU